GGAUAUGUUGGGCUCAGGAACCUUGGUGCAACCUGUUAUAUGAAUUCGUUGAUUCAACAGCUCUUUUAUGUCCCAGAGUUUCGACGAAAUUUGUUGCAAGUUGAUACGAAUACAGGGCAGUUCAAUGGUCUGAUGUAUCAGCUGCAAUGUCUUUUCAGCUUUUUGCAAGAAAGUGAUAAGCAGUUUUAUGAUACUUGGGAAUUUUGUCAGGUUUUUACAGAUUAUGAUGGUCAACCUUUGAAUAUCACCCAACAAAUGGAUGUAGAUGAGUAUCUAAAUAUGUUAUUCGAAAAAAUGGAGGAAUCUUUGAAGAAAACUCCUCAGAAGAACUUGCUUCGAGAUUGCUUCGGCGGCAAAAUUGUGCAUCAAAUCAUCUGCAAAGAAAAUGUGAAAGUUGGAGAUAUUGAGUAUGGCGGGGACAAUCCCUACAAAUCAGAGAGGGAAGAAAGUUUCUAUACUUUACAAUUGGAGGUAAAGCAUAAAAGGAGUAUUCUCGAAUCUUUGAAUUUGUAUGUGGAAGGC